AUGAUGAUGAUGAUGAUGAUGAUUAUAUAUUUAUUAAGUGUUAUAAUAAAAUGUUCAUAUUCAAAUCCAUCAAUAAGAACUUAUCCAAUAGUUGACUUAUUGGAAAAUAGUCCAUUGAAUACAUUUAUCAUAGAAGUAACACAAUCGACAAAUAAAUUGAAUUUAUUAAAUAUAAAUAGAUUUGAAACAAAAUUAUUUUCAAUACGAAAUGGAAGUAUUUAUACAAAAGAUUUGAUUGAUCGUGAAGAGUUUCUUGACAGACAAUAUUGUUUAAAUAAGUUUUAUUGUAAAAUUGAACUACAAAUACUUGUUGAUGAUGGCUUUGCUUAUUGGAUAGUUCCAAUUCAUAUAGUUGAUGAAAAUGACAAUAAACCGGAAUUCGCUAAAACCGAAAUUGAAUUAAGAUUUGUUGAAAGUGUUUCAAAUGGAUAUAAAAUAUAUUUCGAAGGUGCACGAGAUUUCGAUGAAGGUAAAAAUAGUGAAAUUCGUUAUAUUCUUGAUUGUUCAAAUAGUUUAAAUGAUGAAAAAAAUCUAAUUUUUCUUCAUUUCAACGAAACAUCAUCGAGUUGUUCUUCAUUGUUCGAAUUAAUAAUGAUUUCAAAAUCUUCAUUAUCGUUCUCAAAUAAUUUCGAUAGAUUAGCAUUAAAAUUUAAUCCGUUGUCGAUGAAGAAUAUUGAAAAUGAAUAUAAAUUAAAAAUUUAUGCCAUAGACAAUAAUCCAUAUGGAAAUGAAUUAAUAAAUUCAAUGAAUUUAAUAGUUAAAAUUGAAGAAAAAGGAAGAAAAUUUCUUUUAUCAGAAUAUGAAUUUGUUGUUUUAUUGAAUAAUUCAAUAAAUAAAACUGAAUAUAUAAUAGGCAAAAUUCAUGCGAUAUCAAAUAAUCCGGAAGAAAUCAUUUAUUAUAAAAUUCUAUCGAAUAACAAAACAGCCAAUGAAAUAAAAAUAAAUUCUUUAACUGGCCAAUUGAUAUUUUUAAAUGAAAAUAAGACGAAAAUAAUCAAUGAUGAAAUGGAAAUUUUUGUUGAAGCAUUUUUAUUAUUGAGAGAAAAGAAAUUGAAAAAAUUAAAGACUCAAACAAAAGUUAAACUAUUUUUUCGUUAUUUGAAUUUAUUGAACAAUAUUUCAUUGAAAUCUGAUCCAGUUUUAUUGAAUAAUGAAAAUAAUAUUUAUCCACUAAAUAAUGAUUCAAACACAUUUUUUCUUAAUAAAAAUAUUCAAAGAAAUCAAAACUUAUUAAAACUAUCGCUUUCUUCGUUUUCUUAUCCAAAUGACAAAUUUAUUAUUUCGCUUGAAAAUUAUUUCAAUACAUUUUUUCUUGUUCCUUCAUCGUCUUCUUCAAUUAAUUCGUAUUUUUUAAAAUUGAAUCAACAACUUAUUUCUGAUUAUAUUUAUUUAUUAAAUAUUCAAGUUAAACAUAAAUUAUCUCAACACUAUUUACCCAAUUUGAAUGUUAAAUUAAUUGUUUUCGAUCAAUUAACAACAACAAUUGUAACAAACCAUAAUCAAACUUUUGUUGAAAACAAUAAUCAUACAGAAGCAUUAAGAUUAGCGGUAGAUUUGAAUGAAAUUCUUAAUGAAUCAUUAGAAUUUUGUUUAGAAAAUAAAUCUUACAUUAUUUAUGAUAUGAAAACUUAUAACGAAGUAGCUUUCCUAAAAGUCGUCAAAUCAAAUUUAUUUAUUAGCGAUUUCGAUAAUUUAACUUUUAUUUUAACAAAUUUUUUUAAUAUUAACCAAAGUGAAAUAAUUAUUAACGGAUGCCGAAUGUUGAUUAAUCAAUUAAAUGAUGUAUUUAAUAAAUCUUUCGAAUAUCAAUUAUGUUCAUUGAAUGAUCAUGAUGGAUGUUUUAAUUUAACUUUUAUUGAUCAAAUUAAUCCGAUAUCAUUUCAUAGUGGUAAUCAUGUAAAAAAAUUUAGUUUACCAAUAAAACCAAUCGAAAAAGUUAUGGUUUGUAUUUCAAUUAUAUUUCUUAUUGUUACAUUGAUUCUUAUUUUACUUAUUUGUCGCUUGAACGAUUUUGAUCUUCGUUCAAAACUUAAAACUUCUUUCUUUUACGGCAAAGAAUACGGAAACAAAAAAUCUAAACAUUUAUCUUCUUUUUCGUUCUCGCAACCACCGUCAUCCUCAUCCACCUCCUCUGGAUCAUCAUUGGCAACAGCAGAAGAAGCGGCACAAAGAGUUCAUUCGAUUAUUAUUCGAGAUUCUCAUUUUUCUUCAUUGAGAUCAAUAGAAAUAAAUAAUGAUGAUAAUGAACCAUAUCUAUUUGAUAUUGAUCAUUUUUUUCAACGAGAACCACUUCCAAAAACAAACACAUUUAUAUUUCCAACAACUGGACCAAUAUCGUCAUCCUCGUCAUCGUCGUCGUCGUCACCGUCAGUUACACUUCAACGACAAGAAAAUACGAUAUCGACUGUGGAUAAUAGAUUAUCAACACCUAAAAUAUCUUCAUCAUCAUUUCUUCAAGAAACCAAACAAUUAUUGGACAUGAUAUCAUUAAAUUUAAAUUAUGAUUUAUCAAAAUUAACUUCUGAAGUAUGA